UCUUCUCUCUCUGUUAUUUACUUGAAAUACGAUGGCCAAAUGGGUGUGGGAACAAGGUUUUUGUUUCUUCUUCUGUUGACUAUCAUCUGGACCAAUGUGGAUGCUAGAAAUUAUUUGAUCCAUAAGGAUCUUGAACAAGAAUCCAGAAGCCAAACUUUUACUCUCAUUACAAGGGAUGAAAGAGUAUGCACAUAUUGUGAGCAAUUUGCUAGUGAAGCAUUUGAGUAUCUUGGUAAUAAUCAGACACAAACUGACAUUAUCAAAACCCUUCAUCAAGUCUGUUCCUCUAUGUAUUCAUUCAAACAUCAGUGCACUUCAUUGGUGGACUACUAUUUACCGAUGAUAUUCUCUGAGAUUGCUAUGAUUAAUCCAGAGGGACUUUGUGCAAAGGUAAAUCUAUGUAACAGUGAAGCAAAUGUUGCACCAAAAGCAAGUUAUCUAGAUGGUUGUGAAUUUUGCCAUCGUGCGGUUCUUGAGAUACUUAUGAAGCUGAAAGAUCCUGACACACAGCUGGAGAUAGUUGAGAUCCUUAUCAAGGAAUGUAAGAAAGCACAAGGCUUUGUUGAAAAGUGCGAGGACCUGGUGUUUGAAUAUGCUCCCCUUCUGCUGAUAAAUGCCGAGCAGUUCUUAGAAACAAAAGACAUAUGUGCAAGUGUCCAUGUAUGCAAGGCCUUCUGCUACUGAACUCCAUGGUGCCGUCGAUUCCUUAAUUGAGAUGCCCUCAGCAUGAUUGAUGGCCUUGUCAUCAGGGCCAUGUAAAAUAACGAAGAUUUAGAUUUGGGGUGGAUGCAAUUAAACACCUCCAUGACUAUGGUAAAUUCCCUAUAAACGUAUUUUGUUAUUUGAAUGUAUAUUGGCUGAUUUGUGUAUCUGAAACCAUUGGCUGAGGGAUGUGUCCACGAGUGCCUGCCUUUCAAUGCUUGUAAAGUUGGUAGAAUUAGAGCAUUUGGGGUGUUUUUCAAGAAAAUUGGUUUGUUUCUCAUUGGACCUUAUUUA